CUUUCUCCAGGAACGCCCGCAAGAUGGUGCGCGCCGGCUGCCGCUUCCCGUAGCUGCGCACCCUCCGGCCCACGGCGGCCACCUUCAAGAAGUAGCCUAUGUCCUGGAAGAAGUAGGGGCAGCAGAGGUUCACCAGGAGCGGCAGGAACAGCAGCCCCGCCAGAACUGUGUAGAUGGCGGAAAGCAUGACCGCUGCGGGGCCCUCUGUCCCAGCGAGGGCAGAGGGUUCACCCCGGGCUUGCAGCGCGGCGACUGGGCUGGCUCCGGGCGGACUGGCGGGCUGCGCCGGGGCGCACGCGGCGGGACGCCGGGCUAGCGUGAGAUGAAGGGGAAGACAGAGCUCCUCCGCUGCAGAUUUGCUUCCCAGCCCGACUGCCAGGCGGUCUCCUGUAGCGAAGGCUUCAAGGUUGAACAGAAAUGCCCGCGGCAGUGACGUCCAGCUCAUCCCAAGCCCUGCCAGAUCUUUACUGUUCCAAAAGUUCAACAAAAGAUGACUUUUUCUUUACUUCGACAACCUUUAGAGGUGGAGCGAGUGUCAGUGGUGGUAUUUUGGUAGGCCACCUUUUGAGACCUGGUGAAAGAUCAGGUAUAAUAAUGUUCUGCAGUGAAAAGAAAUUGCGUGAAGUGGAACGGAUAGUGAAAGCCAAUGACCGUGAAUAUAAUGAAAAGUUCCAGUAUGCGGAUAAUCGUAUCCACACAUCGAAAUAUAAUAUUCUCACCUUCUUGCCAAUUAAUUUAUUUGAACAGUUCCAAAGAGUGGCAAAUGCCUAUUUUCUUUGCCUUCUGAUUUUACAGCUAAUUCCAGAAAUUUCCUCCUUGACCUGGUUUACCACCAUUGUGCCUUUGGUCCUGGUGAUAACUAUGACAGCUGUCAAAGAUGCCACAGAUGACUAUUUUCGCCACAAGAGUGAUAAUCAAGUGAAUAAUCGGCAGUCUGAAGUGCUCAUCAACUGCAAACUACAGAAUGAAAAAUGGAUGAAUGUCAAAGUGGGAGACAUCAUUAAAUUAGAAAAUAACCAAUUUGUUGCUGCUGAUUUACUUCUCCUGUCAAGUAGUGAGCCACAUGGUCUCUGUUAUGUUGAAACUGCUGAGCUUGAUGGGGAAACGAACCUAAAAGUCCGCCACGCACUAUCAGUUACUUCAGAACUUGGAGCAGAUAUCAGCAGACUUGCAAGGUUUGAUGGGAUUGUUGUCUGUGAGGUGCCUAACAACAAGUUAGAUAAAUUCAUGGGAAUCCUUUCUUGGAAAGACAGCAAGCACUCCCUCAACAAUGAGAAGAUAAUCCUGAGAGGCUGCAUCCUGAGAAAUACCAGCUGGUGUUUUGGAAUGGUUAUUUUUGCAGGUCCUGACACUAAACUAAUGCAGAAUAGUGGUAAGACAAAGUUUAAAAGGACAAGCAUUGAUAGAUUGAUGAACACUCUAGUACUAUGGAUUUUUGGGUUUCUGAUAUGCUUGGGAAUUAUUCUUGCAAUAGGAAAUUCAAUCUGGGAGAGUCAAACUGGGGACCAAUUCAGAACUUUCCUCUUUUGGAAUGAAGGAGAGAAGAGCUCUGUGUUCUCCGGAUUCUUAACAUUCUGGUCGUAUAUUAUUAUUCUCAAUACAGUUGUACCCAUUUCCUUAUAUGUGAGUGUGGAAGUAAUUCGUCUAGGACACAGUUAUUUUAUAAACUGGGACCGGAAGAUGUAUUAUUCUCGAAAAGCAAUACCUGCAGAGGCUCGAACGACCACGCUCAAUGAGGAACUGGGGCAGAUUGAGUACAUUUUCUCUGACAAAACGGGUACCCUCACUCAAAACAUCAUGACCUUUAAAAGAUGUUCCAUUAAUGGGAGAAUCUAUGGUGAAGUACAUGAUGACCUGGAUCAGAAGACAGAAAUAACUCAGGAAAAAGAGCCUGUGGAUUUCUCAGUCAAAUCUCAAGCGGAUAGAGAAUUUCAGUUCUUUGACCACAAUCUGAUGGAAUCCAUUAAAAUGGGUGAUCCCAAAGUUCAUGAAUUCCUUAGGUUACUUGCUCUCUGCCACACUGUAAUGUCAGAAGAGAAUAGUGCAGGAGAGCUGAUUUACCAAGUUCAGUCACCUGACGAAGGGGCUCUAGUGACUGCCGCUAGAAAUUUUGGGUUCAUUUUUAAAUCCCGGACCCCAGAGACCAUAACAAUAGAAGAAUUGGGAACACUAGUUACUUAUCAAUUACUUGCCUUUUUGGAUUUCAACAACACCAGAAAAAGGAUGUCUAUCAUAGUUCAAAACCCAGAAGGACAGAUAAAGCUUUAUUCCAAAGGAGCAGAUACUAUUCUGUUUGAAAAACUUCAUCCUUCCAAUGAAGUCCUUUUGUCUUUGACAUCAGACCACCUCAGUGAAUUUGCAGGGGAAGGCCUUCGGACCUUGGCCAUCGCAUACAGAGACCUGGAUGACAAGUACUUUAAAGAGUGGCACAAGAUGCUUGAAGAUGCGAAUGCUGCCACAGAAGAGAGGGAUGAACGAAUAGCUGGGCUAUAUGAAGAAAUUGAAAGAGAUUUGAUGCUACUAGGUGCCACUGCUGUAGAAGAUAAGUUACAGGAGGGUGUUAUUGAAACAAUUACAAAUUUAUCACUAGCCAAUAUUAAGAUCUGGGUCCUAACAGGAGACAAACAAGAAACUGCCAUCAACAUCGGUUAUGCCUGCAACAUGCUGACUGAUGACAUGAAUGAUGUGUUUGUGAUAGCAGGGAAUAAUGCUGUGGAAGUGAGAGAAGAACUCAGGAAAGCAAAACAAAAUUUGUUUGGACAAAACAGAAAUUUUUCCAAUGGCCAUGUAGUUUGUGAAAAAAAGCAGCAGCUGGAGUUGGAUUCUAUUGUAGAAGAAACCAUAACAGGAGAUUAUGCCUUAAUCAUAAAUGGCCACAGUUUGGCUCAUGCCCUAGAAAGUGAUGUGAAGAAUGAUCUCCUAGAACUUGCUUGCAUGUGUAAGACUGUGGUUUGCUGCAGGGUCACUCCACUCCAGAAAGCCCAAGUGGUAGAGCUGGUGAAGAAGUACAGAAAUGCUGUUACUUUGGCCAUUGGUGAUGGAGCCAAUGAUGUCAGCAUGAUUAAAAGUGCUCACAUUGGUGUUGGCAUCAGCGGCCAGGAAGGAUUACAAGCAGUCUUAGCCAGCGACUAUUCAUUUGCACAGUUUAGAUAUCUCCAGAGGCUUCUCCUUGUUCAUGGAAGGUGGUCUUAUUUCCGAAUGUGCAAAUUCUUAUGCUAUUUCUUCUAUAAGAAUUUUGCGUUCACACUUGUGCAUUUCUGGUUUGGUUUCUUCUGUGGUUUCUCAGCCCAGACUGUUUAUGACCAGUGGUUCAUCACCCUUUUUAACAUUGUUUACACAUCACUGCCUGUUUUAGCCAUGGGGAUUUUUGACCAGGAUGUGAGUGACCAGAACAGCAUGGACUGUCCCCAGCUCUACGAACCGGGACAGCUGAAUCUGCUUUUUAACAAGCGUAAAUUUUUCAUUUGCAUGUUGCAUGGAAUCUACACCUCAUUAGUCCUUUUCUUCAUCCCCUAUGGGGCCUUUUACAAUGUGGCUGGAGAAGAUGGGCAACAUAUUGCUGACUACCAGUCCUUUGCAGUUACCAUGGCCACAUCUUUGGUCAUUGUGGUCAGUGUGCAGAUAGCCUUGGAUACCAGUUACUGGACUUUCAUUAAUCACGUCUUCAUCUGGGGGAGCAUUGCCAUUUAUUUCUCCAUUUUAUUUAUAAUGCACAGUAAUGGCAUCUUUGGCAUCUUCCCAAACCAGUUUCCAUUUGUUGGUAAUGCGCGACAUUCCCUGACCGAGAAGUGCAUCUGGCUUGUAAUUCUCUUAACAACAGUGGCUUCGGUUAUGCCAGUGGUGGCAUUCAGAUUUUUGAAGGUGGAUUUAUACCCAACCCUGAGUGAUCAGAUCCGCCGGUGGCAGAAGGCUCAAAAGAAGGCAAGGCCUCCAAGUAGCCGAAGGCCUCGGACCCGCAGGUCAAGCUCAAGAAGGUCUGGAUAUGCUUUUGCUCACCAAGAGGGCUAUGGAGAGCUUAUCACAUCUGGAAAAAAUAUGCGAGCUAAAAAUCCACCCCCAACAUCAGAGCUGGAAAAGACACAUUAUAAUAGCACUAGCUGGAUUGAAAAUUUAUGUAAGAAAACCACAGACACAGUGAGCAGCUUUAGCCAGGAGAAAACAGUGAAACUGUGAGUCAAUAUGAAUUUAAACCACAUAGUUAUCUUUUCACUUCAGGUGGAGCUGAAAUUCUGCUGGCUCCAGAGUUUGAGAUUUGAGGCAAGAGGUGGGGCAGGCAGAUUGCCUCACUUAACUUAAAUCUGCGGCAGACAACUGCCAGUGCCCAUCAAACAGGAGUGUGCGCUAUGGAAAACCAGGCCAGAGGGUCACUGUCUAGUUUGUGAUUUGGUGGACAAAACACUCGCUGUUACAAGUACAGAUAUAUAUAUAUUUUUUAAAUCAACCUAGAUACCAAUUGAUCUGAACUUCAGAAUCUUAUUUAUGGAGAAAAAAUUGUAAAGCUGCAUAUUCACUGAAUGGAUCCUCAGGUGGAUAAAAGGGUGCAUUUUAAAGGUAUAUAUCCAAGCUGAAAAGCAUGCCUAUUGACAGAUAAACAUGUAUCUGUAAGAUCAGCCUUUCCCAAGGUAUACUUUUAAAAUUUAAAGUGUAUACUAUGUUGCUUUCAGACUGAGUUGCAUGUCACUCUUUAGUCUUGAUAGCUACCUGUCUGUUCAGCCAGGACAACAAACGGCUUUCAUGCCUGAAGAAUACAAAAGUGUGCUUGUGUUUCUCAUUUUUAUACCAGUCUAGGGACAAAGGAGACUGAACAUCUUUGCAGCAGGAUAGGCUGGUAAUUUGAUCAAAUUUAUUCAAAAAGCUCUCAGUCUGUGUCAUGUAAGGACAUGCUUAUGAAAUGUCAGAGAGGCUCGCCACUAAGUAUUCUAAACACUUUUCAAUGGCUUUUCUAACAACCUCAGUAGUAAUUUGCUGAGCGUCAUCCAGACCAUUAAUGGAAUCAGCAAAGCACUGGAAUUUCACACUUUAAUGAUAAUAUUCCAUAUAGUCUAUGGGCAAAUAUUUUCAAUAUUUCCAAUUUUUAAAGCUUCAGAAUUGAAGCCAAACAAAUUAAUAAAUAAUUGUUUUAAUUACUAUUUACAAACUCAGGUUUAGAUCGUUUAAAGUUAGUUGCUUUUGAUACUCAGCUGUCAUGUUUAUAAUUCAAACAUGUAGUAAACAUAUGUAGGUAAGGUUGUUUUUUUGGAGAUGUUGCAGCUCAAAUUUCAGUCCACAUGUGAAUCAUCAGUGUAUUUUCCGUAAGUGAUUUGGGCAUAUUUUCAUCAGUGUAUUUUCCAUAAAGUGAUUUGGGCAUAUUUGUGUGAAAACCUCAGUUCUGUCACUUCUUACCUCUAUAAACUUGGACGAUAAUGUGCCUUCUCUGAGACUCAGUUUCUUCCUCUGUAAAAUGAGGACAUACUACCUACCUCUUGUGGUUGGUUGAUGAUUGUCAAAGCACAAACUGAAAUUAUUAAAAACAUAAUUAUUUCAUAAACAGAUGAGUUAAGUUCCAGUUAACUCAACAUCAGUAUAACAGCAAUUGGAAAAGAAUAUGAAAAAACUGGAAUUUAAAUAGUCAGUGGGGAAGGCUUUGAUAAAAUGAAAUUGCCACAAAGAUAUAAAACUGGUUAGGGUCCUACAGGGAAAUAAAAUUAUAACCGUGGAGGUACAUUUCUCUACCAGAAAGCAAAAAUAAAGCAUCAUGUCUUAAUGGUUUUCUACAAAUCAACUUCUAAUUCUACAGAGUCCUUAAUCUGGUCCCUAUUAAAUUCUUGGUCAGACAAAGUUACAUUUCCCAAGAGAGUCAGGUGACACUUGAGUGAGUUUGAUGGAUAAUGAGCUAAUGUGAUAUUUAUAGGUCACAAUUUUUUAAAACCUAAAUUUCCAAGUCUGGGAUAAUUUUUCCUAAAUGGGAUCAAAUGAAAUAAUAUGUGUAAAAGAGUCAAAUGCAGUCCUUUACCAUAGUAACUGCCUAUGGACGUUCUCUUUCCCUUACAUGCCUGCCUACACUUAACCAGAUGUUGGUUUUGAAUGUCUAAUUUGUCAUUAGUUUCACCACGUUUGCUCACUUUUUGUAAUAUUUUUGCAAGAUUUGAAAACUUUCAGUAAAUGUUUUGGCACUAUUGG